CGAAGGGUUUCGUUAAACCCUUUUCUUCGUUGGAGAUCUACACUCUCUGCGGUGAAGUAUUCAGUAUUCAACUGUGAAGAAUAGAAUUUCGAAUAUGGCUGCAAGCUUCGCUUCCAGGUGCUCUCGUGUGAGUCGUUCUCUGUUCCGUGGAUUAAGCAACAACUCCCCUGGUUUAUUUACCACAUCACAUGAGAUGACAUGCAGCAAUUCCUUUUCUCAGCUGCAGCAACAGCGCACCUUCAUACAAAUGAGGACCGUUCUCAAGGUCGCAGACAAUUCUGGGGCUAAAAAGGUCAUGUGUAUACAGGCUCUGAAAGGUAAGAAAGGAGCGAGAUUAGGCGACACAAUAGUAGCAUCCGUGAAGGAAGCACAUCCUAAUGGAAAAGUGAAGAAAGGAAAAGUAGUAUAUGGUGUGGUUGUGCGUGCAGCAAUGCAAAGGGGGCGAUGCGACGGCAGUGAGGUCAAGUUUGACGACAAUGCCGUGGUGCUUGUCGACAAGCAAGGCCAGCCUAUUGGGACCAGAGUUUUUGGACCUGUCCCCCAUGAGCUGAGGCAGAAGAAGCAUGUCAAGAUUCUUACCUUGGCAGGACAUAUUGCUUAAAGGAAAAAAGGGUUAUCCUUAAAAUUUUUGUUAUGAUUCUUACUUUUAUCAUUCAUAUAAUUUGUAUCUUUUUGUGUAAGGUUAAGGUUAGGAUUUCAUCAAUCAAUCUAUGAGGAGAAAAAUAGACAGAUGUAUUGAAAAAUUUCGAAUCAAAUAAGCUG